AUGGCCAGCCUCCAAGAUAUCAUGAACGUGGACGAGGACCAACUCGAAUCCCUCACUAUUAAGAACGACCAGGUCCCGGCUCCAUCAGGCAGACAUCAUCAACCCUACUUGGCACCAAGCGCAGUUUACAACACAGACUAUGCGACUGGGAGAGAUCAAGCAGACCGUUCAAGCACACCACAAGGCACGAAGCGAAGCUCAUCCUCCCGCACCUCCAAGUCGAACACCACAGGCUCGUCAUCUUCAUCUGCUCGACCAGUCAACACCCGUCGAAGGAGCAACGUCAGCACCGAUUCCAUGGAGCAACCAAACUACGGGUACGGCCACGCAGGGCCCUCGGGCGGCGGCCUUGAUCCCUCUGGCCAGCCCAUGAGACCUUUUGGCAGCGUGCCACCUGGAGGGGAAGUUCCUGUCAAGUUGACUCCCAUUACCGGCCGUGUCAGUAGGGCGAAGAAGGGUAUGAAGGUUCAUACAUGCGACCUCUGUCGUCCUCCCAAGACAUUCACACGCGCUGAGCACCUAAGACGACACCAGCUUAGCCAUGAAACUCCCCAAUAUGGGUGCUCAAUUCCCGGUUGCGAUAGGGCUUUCCACCGCAAGGAUCUACUUGAGCGUCAUCAGCAACGACAUGAGCUCGAGGGCGACAAGGCAUCGAGAAGCAGAGGAGGGAGUCAAAGUCGCCGGACCUCAGCCGCCUCUUUGGACGCAGGAGUCCGAAGCAUGGGAUUACAACCUCCCUUGCUUGGAUACCCUACGAGCGCAACAACACCGAUCCACGGCCUCCCAAUGACAUCGAGUAUGUCACACCCUGGUACUUAUCAGUCCAUGAGCGCGCCAGAUGUUAGCAAAUCUAUGUCUCCCCACCUAGGGAACGAGAGCUAUCGCCCUUCGUCCGGUGGUCCUGGUUACGGUGGAGGCUAUUCUCUGUCCGGCCAAUCCUCACAACAACCCAUACUUCAGCCUUCAAAUGGCGAUUUCAACACCCCGCCCUCGUUUUCCUCCAUCGACUAUCAGCCACGCACAACUCCUGAGUACCCUCCGUUGUAUCUCCAGACAUCGGGGCUGGGACUACAAACACCUGAACUUUCACACGCUCAGGAUCCCAUGGGAUGGCCUUCUUCAGCUUCCGACAGCACUUAUUCAACGCCUUCCGAUAAUUCGCGACGCGCGUUCUGGCCGACGGCGGCGCCAGAUUGGCAAAAUAACCUCCUUUCGCCUUGCCCAACAGGUGGCUACGAGACCAUAGGAGCUACCGGCCCUAUGCUCUACCAAUAUUCGACCUCUCCCCAGCUCAGCACUCCACAGGUGUACCCGAUGCUCGGCACUUCCAUAUCUACCUACUCUGACGAGCAGACAUUCCGUGACCCUCAGCAACAGCCACGGUUCCCCAAUACUGUUCGUAGCCUGACCCCGCCGGUGACAUCGGCAUCGGCUCAAAGUUGUGAAACUCUAGUCACCCCGUCGACGGCACUACCAUCGGACCGGAUGAUGAACUCAUAUGCCUGUUUGGGCCGUAAGGAGGUGGCGUCGGGCCUCCUAGCGGCCCCGGCCCUGAUGCAGGGCUCCUUGCCUAUGUCUAUCUGCAGAGCCAUUCCCGGCUACCUCGAUGUCUACUGGGAAAAGUUUCACCCACAUUUCCCAAUCGUACACCGAAGGACAUUCGAGGCCGCGGCGGAGCAGGUUGAAGUGCUUCGUUGCGCCAUGGCUGCAGUGGCGACUCAAUAUCUGAGUGGUAAGGAGGAUCGCAUCAGGGGGGAUCAGCUGCAUGAAUAUGCCUGGCAACAAUCCAAAUACAUACCACAAUGGGACGUGCCUGUCAUGCAAGCGAUUCUGCUAUGUGAGUACUUCGCGCGGUUCCGCGGCCGGAGAGCAGCCAUCAGGCCAUCAAAAGAAUUCGAAUCCGUUUACUUGCGGGUAUAUGACAACAAAAAGGUCAUAUUUGGCCCCGUGCCUCGGACUGGAACCAAUAACGUCAGAUGGCACACUUGGCUCGAUGCAGAGGCUCGUCGUCGCCUUCUGUCGGCAUGCUUCGUCCUGGAUAUCCACAGCUCGGUUUACCUGGAUCAGCCACGAGUCCGCAACUUCGACAUCACGACCGAUGGCAUGCCACCCAACAUCCCGCUCACUGGCCCAGCUCAGGACCUCUGGGAUGCACCUAGUGCCGAUGCGUGGGCGGCGAUGGUCUCGUCCAAGGGAGUUUCCCUGGAUAACCAAACGCUUCUGUCUUUGCUCAAUCCAGACAGCUUGUCAAGAAGCAUAGUCGACGCGCACGCCCCUUUCGACCGUGCAGUGAUUCUGGCCUUUGAGGUACUUUUGCUCCCUCAUCGUGGAGAAGCGGCGCAAAUUUCUUCGUCUUCAACAGAAAUACUGGAGCCACAGACUUUCCGCAUGGCCAACAUAUUCUCGGACUGCCCCAAGGCCAACACCUACCUGGCUCUUCACCACACUCCUCUUCAUGAUUUACUGGCCGUUUCAGGUGACAGUUGGAUCUUCAGCCACAAGGUUCUGCAGUCUAAACAGUUCGAUGAGCACAAACAGCGGCUCCGGGAGUGGUCCGACUCGGGCAGCGCUGCCGUCGCGUUGGUCUUUGCCUGUCGGGCUCUUCGCGCCUUCACCGACCACGGCAACUCUGAAGAAGACUCCGAUGACGAAGAUGACAUGGAUACUCGAGAGGCCGGCAGACCCCGGAUGUGGAAGGACAUUUCGGAUUACUGGGGCAUGUACGUUUGCGCCCUCAUCUGCUGGGCCAACGGGCACCGCAUCAACGGCGGCGAAGCAAGUCGCGGCGAUUCAGACAAUGACGACGAGGCGCUUCAAUGGAUUCGCACUAUUGCGAGCAUGGGCGUCAAGAACGCCAUGGAAACACCCUUGAAGAAGGAGGCCACGAUGGUCGUGGCUCUUGUGAGAAGAUGGCUCGAAGUGGAUUGCCUCGGCAACAGGAGCCGACUCUAUGUCGAUGCAGUCGGCGUUCUGAGUAAGUUGGCCGAGGGCUGCACCUGGAAGUGGUUUUAG